GGACACCAGCCGCACACAAGGUACUACUACUCUCACUCAUAUACGCGGUGGAAGAGGGUGAAUCCAAGCUGUGCUCAGAGGCCUGGGACACCAGCCGCACACAAGGUGCCCAACAACUUUGGAAAAUCAUGCUUCACAUCAUCAUCUUCCUCACUUUUUGCCUUUGCUUCGUGGAGAGUCAAUUCCCCAGAGUCUGCACAACUGAAGCUGCUUUUCGCACCAAGACUUGUUGUCCACUUUGGAAGGAUAAAAGCCCAUGUGGUUCCUUGUCAGGUCGUGGAAGAUGCCGAAGCUGGACAGCCAAAAAAACAAUCCCCCAGUAUAAUGAUGAUCGACUAGACUGGCCAAGACACUAUUAUGAGAACACUUGUGAGUGCUUUGGGAACUACAGUGGCUUUGAUUGUGGUGACUGCAGAUUUGGUCACCAUGGUGAGAAGUGUGAGAGAAAGAGGAUCAUCAUAAGGAGAGAGAUCCGCGAGCUGUCACCCCUAGAACAAAAAAGAUUAUUUAGUUACCUGGCCUUGGCCAAGACCACGAAAAGUCAAGAUUUUGUUGUCCUGAGCACAGGAGACCGACACCAUCGUGAGACUUAUCGCUUUGUAGACGCGUCUCUCUAUGAUGUGUUUGCUUGGUUGCACUAUUACUCCAUGAAGGCUGUCAUGAUAAAUAGCACAUUCAACCCUGAUAAGAACUUUGCUCACCAAGGCCCUGCAUUUCCUGGAUGGCAUCGUCUAGGCCUUUUGUUCUUGGAGAGACAGAUGCAGCUCAUGACUGGAGAUGAAGAUUUUGCUCUUCCCUAUUAUGACUGGCGAGGGGAAAAGAACUGUUCAAUUUGUACUGAUGACCUCAUGGGUACUAAUGAUGCCCAGGGAGUGCUUAAUCCCUACUCCCAUUUUUCUUUUUGGAAGGCCAUAUGCAGUGGUUUCAAUUUCCCGGAUGAAUACUGCCCCCUGGCUGAUGAAGAGUAUAAAAUGGAAAGGCUACACAGGAGGCCUGGCACUACGCCUUAUGCGCCAAACUUACCCACAUUUGAUGAUGUUGAAAAUGCCCUGAAACUGAAAGAUUUUGACACUCUCCCAUUUAAUGAGACAUCCCUACAUAGCUUCCGGAAUGCUCUAGAAGGUUUUUUGGCCCCAGAUGGGAUCACCCUGAGGAGGAGCAUACAUAACCUGGUCCACAUCUAUCUCGGGGGCACCAUGUCGCAGAUCUCUAUCUCCAGCAAUGACCCCAUUUUCAUCCUGCAUCACGGGUUCAUCGACAAGAUUUUUGAAACCUGGAUUUCCACCUACAAUGGAUCCCCUGAAAUCUACCCUGAGAACAGUGAGCUGGGACACGGCCCCGAUGACUGCAUUACCCCAUAUCUUCCAUGUUACAAGAACAAAGAUCUCAUCCGCAAGUCUGUAGAGUUUGGAUAUGAAUAUUCCCCGUUCCACAGAAAGCGUCCACUGGGAAAGAAAAGAUUUAAUUGA